AUGAUACUUCCGUCUCAUUGGUUCUCUUUACAGGCAGUUAAAUUCAGCUACAUCGCUAUGGCCGAGAGAUGGAUUUCCGGCGUGAUUGAAGGCUUCUACGGCCGGCCAUGGACAACGGAGCAGCGCAAGCGACUGUUCCAUACCAUGCAAGAACUUAAUUUGAAUACUUACGUUUAUGCGCCGAAGGACGACCUGAAACACCGCGUGGAAUGGCGCAGUCUAUACACAGUUGAAGAGUCUGAUAACCUGCAGUCCAUAAUCGAAGAAGCGAAGCGUUGCAGCGUCGACUUCUGUUACGCGUUGUCGCCCGGCUACGACAUCGUUUACUCGAGCCAUGAAGAAGUCAACUUGAUCAAGAAGAAGUUCGAACAGGUGAAGAACCUUGGCUGUGAAUCAUUUUCGCUGCUCUUCGACGAUAUCGAAGAAAGCAUGUCUGACUCCGAUAAGCAAAAGUUCACGUCGUUUGCUCAAGCGCAGGUGAGUUUGACGAAUCAGGUGUAUGAUUACCUUGGCCAGCCAAAGUUCUCCUUCUGUCCUACAGAAUACUGUUCCGCCAAGAGCAUCCCCAGUCUAGAUGAAUCCGAUUACUUACAUCAUAUUGGCCAGAAACUGCUUCCAGGCAUACACAUAUUUUGGACAGGUGAGUGA